AUCAUCACGAAUAAAAAAGCUGAAAAUGUUCAAGGAACUUGUAUUGUUUGUGCAUACAGCAAGUCGCAAUUUCUGUCUAAUGCGUCCUGAGGCAGUUCCACGUGGAAGUGCUUGUCGGCCCAUUGUUAAGAAUAGCUUUUGGGCAAAUAUGGUAUUCUUUAUAGCCAUUUUCACGCCCCUCUACGUCUGCCUGCUGAGGGAUGUGUUUGGACUGUUGCGCGACUUUAACUACAAGAUGGCCAGGGGCAAGUAGAAUCACAUCCUUGUUGGGAGUGAAUCCUCUUUCAGAGAUUUAACCAGUUAUUGUUCAAUAUAUACACUCGUACUCAAAUAUAUAUUACAUUAAGUUUGUGGCAUCGUCUGUGAUCAAA